AUGGAGGUCACCGACGAGAUGCUCAAGACCAUGGAGGUCGGCUUGGCCUUCCGGGACUAUAUUGGCAGAAUUAGUUCUAUGGAUUUCCACAGCAAGGCUACAAACUAUCUGGUGACAGCCAGUGAUGAUGAAUCGAUACGCCUAUAUGACAUUCAAAAUGCUGUAUGUUUGAAGACCAUUAAUAGCAAAAAGUAUGGGGUUGAACUGGUGUGCUUCACUACUAACCCAACUCUUGUCUUGUAUUCCUCGAAAAAUGGUUGGGAUGAAUCUCUGCGUCUACUCUCUCUAAAUGAUAACCGGUUUGUAAGAUAUUUCAAAGGCCAUCUUGACAGGGUUGUUGCUAUGUCAUUAUGUUAUGAGAAAGACAGUUUUCUAUCUGGUUCACUUGAUCGAACUGUUCUCCUAUGGGAUCUGAGGGCUGACAAAGCACAGGGCUUGCUGCGUGUGCAAGGGAGGCCCGCAGUUUCAUAUGAUGAUCAGGGUUUAGUUUUCGCAGUUGCUUAUGGUGGUUAUGUAAGGAUGUUUGAUGCUCGAAAAUUUGAGAAGGGGCCUUUUGAUAUUUUCUCCGUUGGUAAUGACGAAUCAGAAGCCAAUAUGAUAAAGUUCAGCAGUGAUGGAAGGCGGCUUCUUUUAACCACCAAAGCAGGGUGUAUUCAUGUGCUAGAUUCAUUUCAUGGCAACAGUCUAGCAACUUUCAAUGUUAAGCCAGUUGUAACCAAUUCGACAUUGGAGGCAUCAUUCAGCCCUGAUGGAAACCAUAUUAUAUCUGGCUCUGGUGAUGGUAGUGUUUAUGCUUGGAGCGUUAGAAGUGGAAAGAAGAACUAUCCUGCUGGGUCCCGGACCUAUCGAAGCUGGGAUCGUUUGCCGUUACCAAGUAAACUGAUUGUUCUUGCUUGCGAAGAAACUUCUGAUCUCAGAUCGCCGUCGGCCGUCCCCUGGACCUGCGCGGCGUACUGCAGGUUCCAGAGAACCUCUUCGAUGGAGGGCCGGGUUGAGGAUUCAACGGAUAGGCAUUUGAUCGUGAUGGAGACCACCAUUGACAUAGACAGACCACAACCAACUCAGAUCUUUAUAAGAGUAGAGAUAAAGAUGAUUUCACUCCCAAAUAUCACUAAGAAAUCUAAGCCAACACUGCAAUCCCUUUCUGGGUAG